AUGAGCUCUCUAGCACCUCCAGCAACCGCUGAAUACGGUGGUGACGAAGUGUCCGCGAUUAUCCUCGACCCUGGCUAUUCAACAGUACGCGCAGGCUUCGCGGGUGAAGACACGCCAAAAUCUGUCAUCCCAACCUGUUACGGCAAGUAUUCUACCGAUGCCCAGGACAAAUACAUCUAUGGCGACAGCAUCUACGUUACGCCACGGCCGGGGCUCGCCAUCCGCAAUCCGAUGGGGAAGGAGGGGAUAGUGGAGGAUUGGGACAUGGCAGAGAAAGUAUGGGAAUAUUCAUUCACAUCGCGAUUAACGGGAACCAAGUCCGGGAACCCACUAUAUAACGGAUUAAAUGAUACUGCCAAUGCCGACCUGCCAGCGGAGAUGGAUGUGGUGGAGGCGGAAGAGAAACCGUUGACCGAUAGCCCGCUGCUUAUGACGGAGUGCGGUUGGAAUCCUGUCAAGGCGCGGGAAAAGACUAUUGAAAUAGCAAUGGAGAAAUGGGGGAGUCCGGCAUUCUAUCUAGCUCGGAAUGGACCAUUGGCUGCAUUCGCCGCAGGCAAAGCAUCAGCUUUGGUCGUGGAUGUUGGCGCAUCAGGCGUCUCCAUAACCCCUGUCCACGACGGGCUAGUUCUAAAACGAGGCGUCCAGCACUCCCCUCUAGGCGGCGAGUUCAUCAAUUCGCAAAUCCGUGCACUUUUCAAAACGAACACACCACAACCUAUAACUAUCACGCCACACUACCUCGUGUCUUCCAAGACGGCUAUUGACGCUGGCCAGCCGGCGCAAGCAACUUAUAAAACUAUUCCCGCCGACCGUGCUCCUGACCCCUCCUUCCGUCGGCUCCUGGAGGACCGAACCAUAUCUGAGUUCAAAGAGUGCGUGGUGCAAGUCUGGCCAGGUCCGCAUUCGCUAUCCAGCACGGGACCCAAUGGCGUCUCCAAUGAGGAGAUUGCGAGGGGCAACCCAGGCCGACCCUUCGAAUUUCCAGAUGGCUAUAAUCAAGUAUUCGGCGCCGAGCGAUACCGCGUGGUAGAAUCGCUAUUUGACGCCCAAGCUGCAAUUCCCGAUCCAGAAUCAGAGUUCCCCGCCCCGACCGCUGCGCAAACAAUACCGGAGCUAAUCCGCAACUCUCUGAACCAAGUCGAUGUCGAUAUCCGGCCGCACUUGCUUGCGAACGUAGUGGUGACCGGAGCGACGAGUCUGCUAUACGGAUUUAACGAUCGACUGAAUUUUGAGCUUAUGAACAUGUUCCCAAGUCCCCGGGUGCGCAUAACUGCGCCUGGCAAUACGGCAGAGCGGAAAUUUGGGUCGUGGAUUGGGGGAAGUAUUGUUGCAAGUCUGGGGACAUUUCACCAGAUGUGGAUAUCUAAGAAGGAGUUUGAUGAGCAUGGGCCGAAUAUCAGCUCCAUUCGUUAUACCUGUCAUUCUAAUUUUUUGCGGUCAACAACACCUGUUGGUUUCGCUGCCAUGUCUACUGCUUCUCGUAAACGGGACGCCAACCACUUCGGAGACAGCGCCGGAACGGGUGCUGGUGCGGAUUCAAAGAAACCCAAACCGAAUGGGAGCAUCACGUCGUUCUUUGGUGCUCCAAAAGUCAAGAAUUCCUCUGCGCUAGGGACAACGAAGUUAUCCUUCGCUCCUGUCCCAACAGUAAAUUUUAACAAGGAGAAAUGGGUUGCUGGCCUAACAGCUGAGCAAAAGGAGCUGCUCAAACUGGAAAUCGACACAUUGGAUGAGAGCUGGCUGGCACAUUUGAAAGAGGAGGUGGUCACUACCGAAUUCCUGAAUCUGAAAAGGUUCUUGAAACGGGAGAUUGCAGGGGGAGCGAAGAUAUUCCCACCCCUUGAAGAGGUGUAUUCAUGGUCCCGGUACACUCCCCUCCACACAGUCCGAGCUGUCAUCCUCGGCCAGGACCCAUAUCACAACCACAACCAAGCGCACGGCCUCUGCUUCUCCGUCCGGCCUCCUAUGCCCGCGCCCCCCUCCUUGAAAAACAUCUACAUAGCCCUGAAGAACGACUACCCCUCCUUCACCAAGCCGCCCAACAACGGAGGCCACCUUGUCCCCUGGGCGAACCGCGGUGUCCUCAUGUUAAACACAUGCCUAACCGUCCGCGCACAUAAUGCCAAUAGUCACGCAAACCAGGGUUGGGAGAGGUUUACGCAGAAGGUCAUCGAUGUCGUGGCGAAGACGCGGACGCGUGGCGUUGUGUUCUUAGCCUGGGGGAAACCGGCAGGGAAGCGGGUAGCACAUAUUCUUCGGGACAAAGAGAAGAGACAUUGUGUGCUGCAGUCUGUGCACCCCAGUCCGUUGAGUGCUCAUGGCGGAUUUCUUAAAUGCGGCCACUUCAAGAAGACCAAUGAAUGGCUCCUCGAACGCUAUGGCAAAGACGGGGUUAUUGACUGGUCUCUCGUUGAGGAGAAACCAUCAUCACCGCCAGCAUCAAAACCUACUACGACAACUACAUCAGCAGCAAUAGAAACUACAGUUGAAAUCAACUCUACCGCCGUAUCUACUACCGUCAAGACGCAAAAAGUCGUAACGAAAGCUACAGAAGCGAGUGGGAACGGUACACAUAGCUCAUCACUAUUGUCGGAAGACGAAGAAGAGGACGCUGACGCAUUAGCCGCGCUAGCAGAGGCGGAGUAUGACCUUCCUAACUGA